AUUUUAUGAAUCAUACUUUAUUAAUAGAAGAUGAUGAACUCCUCUCCUUCAACCCAAACAAAAACCUUCAUUAUUUUUUCUGUAAUGUCGCAGACGCGAUUUUAGCAUGUUUAUCCAUUUCGACGAUCUUCAAACUGGAGUAGUAACAGAUUUUGCAGACUUUGCAGUAAUCAGAGUGUAAUUCAAUACAGUAAAAGCCCUUAAAAUUCUUGGUUGCCCGCUUUCCGAAGCAAUCUUCAAUCCCUAAAUCCCCAAAGUUGGUCAUUAAUGCGAUCUUGAUUCCCCAAAUUUCGAGCGACAAUAAUGUCUGAAGCGACUUCGCAGAGCGAAAUUCCGGCGAAAGAUUUAAUCGGCGAUUACUUCCUCGAUCUCUGGUGCCACACCUCCAAAACCCUAGCCCUAAAACCCGAAACCGGCCCCGAAUCCGAAUUUGAUGAGGAGGAGGAGGAGGAGCUGCCGACGGCGCUGGACACGCUGAAUAGCUCCGGCGGUUUCUCGGUGGUGGGCCCCGACAAGCUGUCGCUGCUGUAUCCGAACGUGAAUUUGCACGGACAUGACGUCGGAGUGGUGCAGGCGAAUCACGCCGCGCCGUUGAAGCGGCUGCUUUAUUAUUUCGAGAUUUAUGUGAAGAAUGCGGGGGCGAAAGGGCAGAUUGCGAUAGGAUUUACGACCUCUGCAUUCAAAGUCCGCCGCCAACCAGGCUGGGAAGCAAACAGUUGUGGAUAUCAUGGUGAUGAUGGACUCCUUUAUCGUGGACACGGAAAAGGAGAGGCAUUUGGCCCGACUUUUACAACUGGUGAUACAGUUGGUGGCGGUAUCAACUAUGCAACACAGGAGUUCUUUUUCACGAAAAAUGGAGUUUUAGUAGGCCCUGUCUAUAAGGAUGUCAAGGGUCCAGUGUUCCCUACUGUUGCUGUCCAUAGCCAAAAUGAGGAGGUUACUGUAAACUUUGGACAGGAUCCAUUUGUCUUUGAUCUUAAAGCAUAUGAAGCAGAACAAAGAGCUAAACAACAGUUAAAGAUUGACAAUAUCUCAAUACCACAGGACGCCAGUUAUGGGAUAGUUCGAUCCUAUUUACAACACUAUGGAUAUGAAGAGACUCUUAAAUUGCUUGACAUUGCUGGGCAAAGUACCGUGCCUCCCAUUUCUGUAGUUCCAGAAAAUGGUGUUAUUGAGGAGGACAGUAUGUAUGCAUUAAAUCAGAGGAGGAAUCUUCGUCAGCUAAUAAAGUCUGGCAAGAUCGAUGAGACAUUUUCUACACUUGGCAAGUGGUAUCCACAGAUUAUUGAGGAUGACACAUCAACUAUUUGCUUUUUGCUACAUUGCCAAAAAUUUAUUGAGCUUGUUCGGGAUGGAAAGCUAGAAGAAGCUGUACUGUAUGGCAGAAGUGAAUUUGACAAGUUCAAGAAGUCUUCAGCAUUUGAUGACCUAGUUAAGGAUUGUGCUGCAUUACUAGCAUAUGACCAACCAUGCAAGUCAUCUGUCGGAUACCUUCUUGGUGAUUCUCAACGAGAGCUGGUGGCGGAUGCAGUAAACGCCAUCAUUUUGUCCACAAAUCCAAACGUGAAAGACUCUAGCCUCUGCAUGCACUCAUCUCUCGAGAGACUAAUACGACAGGUUACAGCCUGCUUUCUGGAGAAGAGGUCCCUGAACGGGGAUCAAGGUGAAGCUUUCCGAUUGAGCAGAAUCCUCAAAAGCAGUAAGAAAGCUUAAAGCCUGCGCUAGUUGCUGACCAACCUAUCCUAUGUGCAUACGUGGUGUAACCUCUUUCAUGACGCUGCCUCCGGCCCGUUGAUAAAAUCUGGUGGUAGCUCCGAAGGAUUUCUUGAUUUGCAUGGCUGAUCCUAUCUUCCAUGUCAACGUCUUCUGAUUUGUGCGUGCGACAGCAUGACAGAAGCUAGUAGCUUAAUGAAUUGGGGUUAACAUAAUACUGUAGUUCCAGAGAUGAGCUGAAAUUUGUAUUGUACAGGUUGAAUUCUCUUUAGUUAUAUGCUAUAAUUGUGUACAUGAAGUUUAUAUCUUUCAAACCAAAUGUUGUUUCAUAUAUUUCAUUGAGAUGUUGUGAUU